GUGACAGCCUCCCUGCCGCAAGAUGUCACUGUACCGAUAUACACAUUUCCUCCUUAACCAAGCCUUCCUUGAAGGGUGUGUUUGAAGGUUGUAUUAACGUACGGAAUGAUUUCUGGGUAGAUAGAGGGAGAUUACAAGGAGCAAAUGAAACGGCAGCUUGCAGGAGAUGGGACAGGAAACUAUACUGAUCUGACAAUUACUAAACCGUGCAGGGAACUAUACCAGAAAGACAGUGGGACAGAUGGGAUCAAAUAUGAAUAUAUAUUAGCUGGUCGGCGUUGUUAGUUUAGAUGCUAAUGUGGUAACAUAGUGCAGGCAAGAUACACGUUUUAGUUAAAGCUGAUAGUCUGGGAGGGCAACGUUAUAUUUGGUUGUUUUAUAUAUUCCUAUUUGAUAUCGUUUUUGGAAACAUCUUUUUUUUGUCCUGUCUUAAUCACUGUUAACCUGCUACGUCAGUGGUUAGCAAUGCUAUGGGAAAGCAGAUUUGCAAUGCAAUCGGAAACGCUGUUCUUUGUAAGCUGCUGUCGGAACGAGUAGUUAAUGAAGAUUCUAAUAUAAUAUUAUCUGAUGCUCAACAUGCAGCUUGCAAGUCUAGCCCUAGUAAAGUUACUGCUGGCGUAUCAGCAUAGUUCAAAUCUUGAAAUCUAGUAAUCUAUAUACCUCCAUGGUAGAUGUGACUGGUUGUAGUCCAAGCCUUGAUUUUAACUGCUUUCUGUUUUGUUAUAUUGUUUAAAUUCAUAUUUUUCCCCCCCGUAUUAAAUUAGACUCCUGUAGCGGGUAGAGUUUUAUAAGUGUUUACAAUUAUUAUUCCAGACGAAGCUACUUGUGUUAGUAAUUAAAAUGCCGGUGCGGGACUUUUUAAGCACAUCAUCGAAGCUUAGCCCGUUUCAGCCCCGAUAUGAGCAUUUACUGUUGUUGGUGUGCGUGCUUGGAACGGUGUUACCGCUCGGAGUAGAUUGUAAUCCUUCUGCAGAGAAUCACCAAAACAAUGGUACACAGAAGAAGUCAUUCCCAGUGCUCAGCUUCGACUACCAUCACGUUCGCCUGCCCUUUGAGAUUGCACUAUGGAUACUGUUGGCCUGCCUGAUGAAACUCGGAUUCCAUUUGAUUCCUCGUCUGUCCAACAUUGUUCCGGAGAGCUGCUUGCUCAUUGUGGUGGGGCUGCUGGUGGGCGGUUUGAUCAAAGUGGUGGGUGAGGAUCCGCCAGUCCUGGAUUCUAAGGUCUUCUUCCUGUGCCUGCUGCCCCCCAUCAUUCUGGACGCGGGGUAUUUCCUGCCUAUCCGUGCCUUCUCGGAGAACACGGGCACCAUCCUGAUGUUCGCUGUCAUUGGGACGCUGUGGAACUCCUUCUUCAUGGGCGGCAUGCUCUACGCCGUGUGUCAGAUCCCUGGCACAGGCUUGGAGAAUGUAGGGCUGCUGCCCAGUCUCCUGUUCGGUUCCAUUAUCUCUGCUGUAGACCCUGUGGCAGUGCUGGCUGUGUUUGAGGAGAUCCACAUCAAUGAGUUGCUGCACAUCCUGGUGUUUGGGGAGUCGCUUCUCAACGAUGCCGUCACUGUGGUGCUGUACCAUCUGUUUGAGGAGUACGCCGGAGUGGGAUCGGUAACGUUCAUGGAUGUCCUCCUGGGAGUCAUCUGUUUCCUCGUGGUGUCCCUGGGAGGUGUCUUCAUGGGGAUACUGUAUGGGUUGAUCGCAGCCUUCACCUCCCGGUUCACAUCGCACACCCGCGUGAUCGAGCCACUCUUCGUGUUCCUCUACAGCUACAUGGCCUACCUGUCGGCUGAGGUUUUCCAUCUCUCUGGGAUCAUGGCAUUGAUUGCCUGUGGGGUGGUAAUGAGACCUUAUGUGGAGGCCAAUAUUUCACACAAAUCUCACACCACCAUUAAAUACUUCAUGAAGAUGUGGAGCAGCGUCAGUGAGACUCUCAUUUUCAUCUUCCUGGGUGUGUCCACUGUGGCCGGACCCCACCAGUGGAACUGGAUCUUUGUGGGCUGCACACUCCUCUUCUGUCUUGUCUCCCGAGUUCUAGGUGUCAUUGGACUGACCUCCAUAAUUAACAAGUUCCGCAUCGUCAAACUGACCACCAAGGACCAGUUUAUUAUUGCGUACGGCGGCCUGCGUGGGGCAAUCGCUUUCUCUCUGGGAUUUCUGCUGGACAAACACCACUUCCCCAUGAGAGACAUGUUCCUGACAGCCAUCAUCACUGUCAUCUUCUUCACCGUCUUCGUUCAGGGAAUGACCAUCCGUCCCUUAGUGGAGCUCCUGGCUGUGAAGAAGAAGCAGGAGACGAAGCGUUCGAUCAAUGAAGAGAUCCACACACAGUUCCUGGACCAUCUCUUAACUGGGAUAGAGGACGUCUGUGGACAUUAUGGGCAUCAUCACUGGAAGGAUAAGUUAAGUCGCUUCAAUAAGAAGUACAUCAAGAAGUGCUUGAUCGCAGGGGAGCGGUCUAAGGAGCCCCAGCUGAUUGCCUUCUAUCACAAGAUGGAGAUGAAGCAGGCUAUUGAGCUGGUGGAGAGCGGGGGCAUACCCAAGAUCCCCUCUGCUGUCUCCACUGUCUCCAUGCAGAAUAUUAAGCCCAAACGAGCUCUGCCCCAGCUUUCCAAAGGAAAAGAGGAGGAGAUCCGGAAUAUACUUCGCAGCAAUCUACAGAGAACCAGGCAGAGGCUGCGAUCGUACAACAGACACACUCUGAUGGCCGACCCGUACGAGGAUGCCUGGAACCAGAUGCUCAUAAGAAGGCAAAAAGCACGGCAACUUGAGAAAAGGAUGACUAACUACUUGACAGUACCAGCUAACCAUCCAGAUUCUCCAACUAUGAUGAGAUCUAGGCUUUCUUCAGAUCCUCAGGGGUACAGUUUGAAAUUGAAUUCGGGGAACGUCCCUGCGAUUGUUGUGGACCCUGCAACACCACAGUCCCCGGAGUCAAUGAAACUGCUGGAUGAGUCUUCUAAACCAGGGGAAGAGGACCAGGGGAUAGUCAUGAGAGCAAAGCUCCCAGAAUCCUCCAGAACAGAUGACAAUGUCUUCACUCCCGGGGAGGACAGUCCGAAAGAGCAGCGUCUAAUACGCUGCCUCAGUGACCCGGGGCCCCCCCCAGAGGAGGAGAAAGAUGACGAGUACCAGGCCUUCUUAAAUUGAAAUCUGAACCAAUUCGCUGGUCCAGCACUUCUGCAGUCAUUCCUGUUUGGUAAAGCCAAAAUAAUGAACUAAUGAAUUAAAACUAUAUUAAAAAAAAGCCAUUUUUAUUUGUAAAGUUAAAUAUCUUAAUGGGAGGUGGAAUUAACCAAAGGUGUACUAUUUUACAAGGUUCUGUCUGAAUGGGGCUUUGGAUAAUAAACUGCUGUGUUUUAAUUAUUAUUGUGUCUGGGCAGAUUAAGGGAAGUUAGGGGGGUGUUUCAGUUACCUGCUGCUUCUGUUUUUGGUAUCUUGUGGCAUGCAGUAGGCUGCAGGCAGUUUUCUGCAGCAGUAUACAAAGUUGUAAUCGUGGGAACUGCCUUAUUAAUAAGUGCUUUGAUGUAUUUGCAAACUUACAGGUCUGUGAGUGAGGGUGCCUUGCAUUGUAAAUAGCCAUCCGGGAAUCUCUUUCACCGUGUGUAGUUUUAUAUAGUAGUUCUGAAGCAAUACGGCUGGUAACAUUGCUGGGCAACCUGCUUUCUUGCUUGGUUCCUAACCUGGAGAUCUGUGGACUGAGAUCUUGUGUUUAUAAAUGGCACUCCAGGCCUCCUGUUCAGCUUGAUGGGCAUAUAUAGUUAAGUAACAUAAAUUGAAUUACUUUUUCAAGGUGCACAAUAAACCUAUGCUAGGGGGGUCAGUCAGAGACUGGUAAAGGGAUUUUAAUAGAUUUUGUAAAUACAGGUGUAACAAAAAAUAGUUAACUAGUUCAAUUAAGCCAACAACUCAAAGCAAAACAUUUUUAAAAUAGCUGGUAGAAGAGUGCGUUCUCUAGUGGACACAGAUUAAACAGGCAAUAUAAAUGUCAUUUUAAAUGUAGAAUAAAAAUAAGAACACUAAAUUCUGUGCCUUUUUUGGUUCAAUUUAUGUUGACCUGACACAUAUAUGACUGUACUGUAAAUAUAAUUCCUGAAUAUUAAGAACACUCCCCUCCCUAGUUUUUUUUUUAAAUGUAUUUCAGUUGCAGACCAAAUCACUCAACCUAUGUCGAUCAUGCUUUUUACUUUAUAACCAAAGACACCUUAAUUUGCGAAGCAUCCCUAGCCUUUAAACAGCACUUUUAUGUUGUAUAUCUUUAUUUGGUGUCAUGGCAAUUGCGUCCAUAUUAUGGUCAGUACAGUAUAUAGCCAGCAAAAUGUCCAUAUUGUAAUGUUCACCCUUGUGUAGGGGGCAUGCUGCUGUACAGGAAUAGGAAAUAAAGACUUGUACUAUGACAUGUACAUCUGGGAUUCUUCUACCACUACCACUAUUUUUACACUAAAUGCAUUUAACUGUAUAUUUAAUUUUUAAAAAUUUGCCAUGAAAAAAGGGAUCAGCAACUCUGGGUUGAAUUCUCCGUUGAAGAGACCGGGUUUUGUCGGCUUCCAGUUCAUAGCAGUUUGAUCUGUUGCUGAUGGAAACCAAUGGGAUUGAUUUUAAAAUAAUGAUUUCAGUCCCUGUUGGAGACUGUGGAAUACAACUAGAUGCACAUUCCAAGACAAACUGUUUUGUGUUUGUAAUUCUUUAUUAGAGAAGCAUAGGGGGAACCCCCCCCCCCCCCCCCAAAAAAAACAUUUUUUUUCUUCAUGGCAAAUAACCUCAGACCUAUUUUUCAAUAUCCCUAACUUUUUUUUUUUUUGUCUUGGAUUAAAUCCAAAUUCUGUACAGUUCGUACAUUAAGGAUUUUUGUAAGGUGUGAUAGUGCAAGGCUGUCUGAUAUUUAGAGGUAUAUAGGAACAUUCCCAUUUAACUUUGUUUUUGUAUGCAAAAAUAUUGUGUAUUUGGUUUAUUUGAAACAGUCUCCAAAUAUUCUUGAAAAUUAGAAGUAAUUUUUUCCUUUGAAAUAGCAAGAACUCUUGUGCUAACUUCAUUAACGGGUAUUAAAGAUCUCUGGGUAGAUUCAAGUAACUGACGUCCCCAAAAUACACAGCUUAAUAUAGCAAUGUUUACUGUGGUUAAGUGCAGGUGGUAAAACUUGAAGGUAGAAAGUAUCACCAGGUGUAUACCCAGCUCCCCAAAUUAUACUAUGCAACAUGAUGUUUAAGAAACAUAACUAUGUCCUACAUGAUGUGUUGUAAAAUAUGUUUAUAAAAAGUAAUAGGAUAUCAUUGUGAGAUAUAUAUCAUUAUAGAGAUAUUUUUUAAAUUUUACCCAUUUAUUAUUAUAGUGCUGGGACAAAUAUUCAAAUAUUCAAAACCAACGUUGCUUGAAAUGUAUUUGGUGACAAAAAUAAUUUAUACCAAAAAACAAAAAUAACCCACCAAAUUUUUAAAAAAAUGUAUUGUGUCUCGUUUUUUAAUUAAAUAAAAAGACAUUCUACCAAAUGUUGUGAAUCUCGUUUGUUUUAGACAGUAAUCUGGUCGUCUGGAUUUCAUUGGAGUCAAAGACAGUGCUACUGUAUAUUCGAAUAUAUCCAGUGGUAUGUAAGGAUAUUCCUGUUUGUCCCUGUACUAAUAGCAUUACCAUUCUAAAGACUGUGUUUUGCACACAGUGAUGUACGGGUGUUUGUUGUUGAUGUGACGUAUUGGUUUUAAUUGUCCUGGAUUAUGGACAUAAAAAAAAACAUAGGGGACGUUGAAGUAUUAGUGUUUUUUUCCUUUUGAUCACCCAAAGUACUCACAAGAGACGGGGUCAACUGCUAACUUAUUACUUCUUAAAAAAAAAAAAAAAUGAGUUCACUUUUAUAAUUUAUCAAUUUGUAGUCAAAAUGUGAUUUAUCGGAGCCUUUGCCCUGUCCGGUCCUGUCUCAUGCUAAUACUUCAACAUCCCUAAAGUAGUGACAGUUUGUUUGGUUGAAGGUUGUUCUUCAGCAGUCUUCUCAUUUUCUAUGAUGGCAAUUGUAUUUAAAGACUGGAGUUGAUGCCCUGAUUCAAUUAGAAGGAAUAUAAAGAUGAACUCUUGUUGCUCCAUUACUUUGCAUAUGGCUGUGUCUGCCUUUUGUAAGAGCCCUUGUGGCCCGCGCUGCUUGGGUAUUGAUUCGUACACAAUGAUGUUUACAGUCAGCGAGUACCCAAAGUACCUAGGCUUUGUUUCAAUCAGUUGAGUUUUUGUAUUCAUUUUACUAUUCUGUUGUGAUUUGUUGCACUUGAGAACAAUGCAGAUUUAAAGGAGCAAUUACCAACAAUGUAUAAUCUAUUGUGUUACCUCUUAUUAGCGUUAUCGUUCCUUUAAAUCACAAGUUCCAUAUUGAACAUGAAGCCUGGCCUGACCGGUGUACUUGGUAGUAUUCUAGUUAGAUAACCUGGGCUAGUUAAGAGUUGAGAACCACUGUUCUAAACAUACAGGGGUAGGACUCGAUGUAGAAACGCUGUAACACUGUCGAAGGGGCAUUCAUGAAAGAACAAAUUCAAUUUGACGAGUCUGCAAUGUGCUUGAAUUAUUCUGGCUGGAUAAAUGACAGUUCCUCCUCGAUAACUGGCUCUAAAUCCUUUAGGGAAGUCUGGGAAAGUACAUACUACAUAUGGCAGGUUUUUCUAUAUUAUUUAUUGGUCUGCCCUUCAUAUUAGGCGUUCACUCCACAGAAAAGGGGAUGCGUCAUUUUAGGGUUGUCCUGUUUUUUUAGUCCAUUUCCACCCUUGUAAAACACCAGGGCUGUGCUUGUGUGGCUUUGUGAUUUCUCAACACGCCUCCCCCACAAAACAGUCACUUUUUAAGGAGCCCUGUUAUUAUGUUAACGCACAUCCCAGCUGAAAAUAAGCAUGUCUGUUUUCUGUUUUGUCUUACCAAAGGAAAAAAAACAGCUGGGAAUGGUUUACACAGCAGUUUCAGAAAUGAUACGUCCAUCUCACAAUGAGAAGGCGAAGACCGGGCAGAAAAAUCUAUUGCCGGGUUCAGAUGGCUGGAUUUAUCAAGCUAUGUAUGAACUGUCAUUGUCUGCAUUAUAGAUUGUAUUAAUGUAUCUGGAACUGAAACCAGUGUAGGAUGUUUUACAGAGUGUAAGAGAUUGUGAGAAGAGUGCAUUAACUCUUUCCUGGUGAAAUUUCCACAGACCAGAGCGCAGUUUCCCACUCGCAGGUUAUGAAUACUGAUGAAAAACAAAUGAGAAACAUGAACGGGUUUUGGGAUUGAUAUCAACAGACAAUUGUGAUGUUCUCACCAGUGGGAGAGCUUGGUUGCAGGACUGGAUGAAUGUAGAUGAAACUAAAUUGCUCAAUUCAUGUUGUUGUUUGCCGGCCUGCUGUGUCUUUGUUAUAUGAAAGCAUGCUGUAUAUUAUUAUUUUUAACAUUGCUUUACUGUUAAUUGUUCUACAGUAAUGUGCAAGCGUAAAGGUGAUGUUUAAUUUCUUAUUUUGUAUCCUAUUGUGUGGGUUCAGCACGAUUUUUCUGCUUGGAUCGUUAUUUGCCAAGCUGAAGAGGCAGGUUUGUGGAGAAGUGAAGUUGGGAAGCAUAUAGGUGUUGCACAGGCUCCGUGCAUAAUGCUUACUCUAUGGGUGCAACACUGAUAUGUGUUCCCUUGUCACUUCCCUGCAGUCAGCCUUUUUAGAAGGUUACUUAGUAAGUAUGGCAAACAAUAUAAGAAAUAAAAAAAGGUUUAGAAAUAAAGUAAAAAACACAUAAUAGGAUAUUAAACGGGUACAAAUUUAAAUAUUUAGAAAAUGUCAAGUAUAUUUCGCAAUAAAAACACUUAUUCUUG